AUGUCUACUGAAGCAAACAAAGAUCAAUCUAAAAUUCUUCAAUGGGCCUCUAAAGACGGUGAAUUCAGACGCCAACAGUCUACAUUUCGCGAUUUUAUAGAGGAUCAAGAGAAUGCUAAAUUUGCUGCCGAGCCUGAUCGUUAUCAUCUAUAUAUCUCAUGGGCUUGUCCUUGGGCUCAUCGUACUGCCAUUGUUCGAGCCUUGAAGGGAUUGGACAAAUGGAUUGGUCUCUCUGUCGUCGACUAUUUAAUGUUGGAUAAGGGAUGGAAGUUUUCCAGUUCAGAAGAAUGCCCAGGUGCUAUUCCCGAUAACAUCAACAACGCCCAGCACAUACGCGAUCUUUAUUUCAAGGCGAAUCCCAACUAUGAGGGCCGCUUCACUGUCCCUGUGUUGUGGGACAAGAAAUUGAACACGAUUGUGAAUAAUGAAAGCUCGGAAAUCAUCCGCAUGUUCAACACGGCUUUUAACAAGUAUCUAAGCAAGGAACAAGCAGAGUUGAAUUACUAUCCCGAGCAUCUUCAAAAGGAGAUUGAUCAAGUCAAUGAAUGGGUCUAUGAUACCAUCAAUAACGGCGUGUACAAGUCUGGCUUUGCCACCACGCAAGCUGCCUAUGAAAAGAACGUGUAUCCUCUUUUUGAAUCGUUGGAUCGCGUUGAAAAGAUGCUCGAAGGCAAGAAAUAUCUUGUUCAGGAUACUUUUACUGAAGCGGAUAUUCGUUUGUUCACCACAAUUGUCAGGUAA